UUGCCAAUGUUUCUAGACAAUACAUUUAUUCCUAAAGUUGAGUUGCCGAGUUCAGCGUGUUCCAUAUUUAAAAAAAAGCUGUUGCAACUUGCAUCCAGUAGACCCGCAAGAGACGUUUGUUUUGCGAAUUUCUUCUUCGCGGUGCAUUUCGGGAGGUGUAGUCUUUGUGAUGCUUGCUGGGGAAUCGUGAUCUGAGCCUGCCUAAGGAAGCGGUCCAGGAGGCACCUUUCACGAGGCGGGCUUUUGGACCCUGCGGGGGCACGGCAGCCGACUGGAAGAAGGGUCGGGGGAGGUCUGGAGCGCGUCGUUGAGCCUGGAGCAGCCGCGGCAUUUGUGGUGUUGGGAGUGAGGGGGACCAGGAGCCGCGCGGGUGGUGGAGCAGGACUCCGGGGCUCGAUUCUUUAACCAUGGCACAGGUGGAGAAACGAGGGGGUUUGCUCCGGAAAUCUUCAGCCUCCAAGAAACCACUGAAGGAAAAAGUGGUGCUGAUGUAUGAUGAGAUCUUCAUGACAGAGGACCCCAGUAAGUGCAGUCCUCGAUUUUGGGAGGAGCUCUUCCUCAUGAAGGUGAAUUUAGAGUACCUAGAAGGCAAGCUUGAAUCUCUUGAUGGUGAGGAGUUAAUGAAGAUCAAGGACAAUAUUAAUUGCUUAUUUCAACACUGCAUCCAGGCUCUGGGAGAGGAGCAUCCAAUUCGAGUUGUUAAUGCAUUGCAGACCUUGUGUGCACUCAUUCGAGGAGUCCAUCAAAAGAAUAAGUCUACCUCUGGGUUUGACAUUAUCAACAUGCUGAUGGGCUUUGACAAGGCAGAGCUGUGCAUGAAGAACUUGAUGGAGAGUUUGGAUUCAUUGCUUUGUGCAGAAAGUUCUGAAAGUCUGAAGAGUUUAUGUCUGAAACUUCUCCUUUGCUUAGUGACUGUGACAGAUAACAUCAGCCAGAAUACUAUCCUGGAGUAUGUAAUGAUCAACAGCAUAUUUGAAGCAAUUUUACAGAUACUCUCCCACCCCCCAAGUCGUAGGGAGCAUGGGUAUGAUGCUGUUGUCCUCUUGGCCUUGCUGGUGAACUACAGAAAAUAUGAGUCUGUGAAUCCUUAUAUUGUGAAGCUGUCUAUUGUGGAUGAUGAGGCCACACUCAAUGGAAUGGGGCUUGUGAUUGCUCAGGCUUUAUCUGAGUACAACAGGCAGUAUAAAGACAAGGAAGAAGAACACCAGAGUGGAUUUUUCUCUGCUUUAACAAAUAUGGUGGGCAGCAUGUUCAUAGCAGAUGCCCAUGAGAAAAUCUCAGUACAAACCAAUGAGGCCAUCCUUCUGGCACUUUAUGAAGCUGUUCAUUUAAAUCGCAACUUCAUCACAGUGUUAGCCCAGAGUCAUCCGGAAAUGGGCUUGGUGACAACCCCUGUUAGUCCUGCUCCAACAACCCCAGUCACACCACUUGGGACCACACCACCCUCUUCGGAUGUUAUAAGUUCUGUGGAACUCCCGCUGGAUGCAGAUGUACAGACCAGUAAUCUACUGAUAACCUUCUUAAAGUAUAGCUCAAUUGUCAUGCAGGACACCAAAGAUGAGCACCGACUUCACAGCGGCAAACUCUGUCUGAUUAUCCUUACAUGUAUUGCAGAGGAUCAGUAUGCCAAUGCAUUUUUGCAUGAUGACAACAUGAAUUUUCGAGUAAAUUUACAUAGAAUGCCUAUGAGACACAGGAAGAAGGCAGCAGACAAGAAUCUUCCCUGCCGUCCUUUAGUAUGUGCAGUAAUGGACCUGAUGGUAGAGUUUAUUGUAACACACAUGAUGAAGGAGUUUCCUAUGGAUCUCUAUGUACGCUGCAUUCAGGUAGUGCAUAAACUACUUUGCUACCAGAAGAAAUGUAGAGUACGCCUGCAUUAUACCUGGCGGGAACUCUGGUCAGCCUUGAUAAACUUGCUGAAGUUCCUUAUGUCAAAUGAGACCGUACUUUUGGCCAAACACAACAUUUUUACGUUAGCCCUUAUGAUUGUGAACCUAUUUAAUAUGUUUAUCACAUAUGGCGACACAUUCCUGCCCACCCCCAGCAGCUAUGAUGAACUUUACUAUGAGAUUAUUCGCAUGCACCAGAGCUUUGACAACCUCUAUUCCAUGGUCCUGAGACUUUCUACCAAUGCAGGCCAGUGGAAGGAAGCAGCUAGCAAGGUGACUCAUGCAUUGGUUAAUAUCAGAGCCAUCAUCAACCAUUUUAACCCCAAAAUUGAAUCCUAUGCUGCUGUGAAUCACAUAUCCCAACUGUCAGAGGAGCAGGCAAGAGAUGUCUUCACAGCAGAACUUUACAGAAGAUUCUCUAGUGCCCUGAAUAUUUAGAAGACAUGGUGGCAAUUUAGGAUUCAAGUCAAAACCUUCCCUGAGCACAUGACUCUUUAAGCUUCCAGUCACAUGCAUGACCAGUUUUGUGCCUUUGAAAUAACCCAUUAGAAAGCAAGGACAUGAUUGGUCCAUUCUUGGUUUCUUAUUCCUUUAUUUAGCUUAGAUAUCAGUAUUUUAGCAUUUAGGACCUGCUGUCUCCUUCAGAUUGUGCUGGGCAUUUGAAGGAUACAGAAGUAUGAUAAAGGUCCUUUGUUCUCUAAGGAUGGAAUAAGUGCAAAAGAUGGCUUAAGGCAACUUAUCAUCAUAGCUGGCUAGUACUAGCAAUAAGAUACGGGAGUUCCUGUUAGAGAAAGAUCUCUGCAGUUUGUGGUGGUCAGGAAAGGUUAUAUGGAGGAGAGAAUAAUUGAGUUAGGCCUUGAAAGAGGGAUUGUAUAAUUGGAGAGGCAUAGACUGUAAAAUCUACUCAAAGCCAGGAUCUGAAAAAGGACAGAAAGAAUGGUGAAAAGUCCAAGAGUUUCUGUAAGUCUUGUCUUGGGGUUAUAGGAUACCCAGAAGCUGGGUGACUUAGAAAUACAAUUCAGUUAUUUAAAUUGUUAUCACAGUUUCCAUGAUCCCUAAUGAACUGAUUCUCAUCCCUGUCCUAAUUGUACUGCCUUUGAUUCAAUUCACAAGCAUUCAUCAAGUGCUUAGUAUGAACCAGCCUCAAUGCUAGGCAUGUGAUGAGACCUAAUAGGCAAAUCGAUGUGUUUUUUUUUAAUUUUAAUAAAAAACACAUAACAAAAUUUACCACCUUAACCAUUUUUCAGUGUACAGUAGUGUUAAUACAUGCACAUUAUUAUGCAGUUUGGUCUCUAAAACUUUUUCGUCCUGUAAAACUGAAACUCUUAUCUAUUGAACAUCAACUCCCCUUUCCCUUCUCCCGCUCCCCCUGGCAACUGCCAUUCUAUUUUUUAAGAUAAGUAAGCCUAUCUUGAAGCUUUCUGCCAAGUGUCCCAGGAGCUCACUAAAAAUUUCUCUACAUACAAACUUAGGACCUUUCAGAGAAGAAUAGAAAACUGCUGCUGGCAUCCCCAUAUGUCAAAGGACCGUAGGACAGAGUAACCAGAUUUUAUGGUGCUUCACCUCUCAUUAUUUCUUUAAGUCUCCACUCUCACUAGGGUUUUGGAUUUUGGAUUCAGAGGAGACCUGAAUAAUGUAUAUUGCAAGAGGUAUCUUCAAAAGUAUUAUGACAAAGCAGAGUAUCAUUCAUUUUGGGGAGUAGGUUACAGUAAAUUAGGGAAACAAAAAAUGCUUCACAUUUAAAUGAAUGAAGGUCACAUUGGAAGCUAAGUACUUAUUUCUGUUAGUAAUCUUUCUAAACCUUUUUGAUUUUCUCCUGAAUUUAAGGGUCACUACCAAUAACUGCAGUGUAUUUAGAAGUCCUACUGAAAUCUAGCUUUAUUUUCCCAGAGAGGAGUGAGGUGCUAAUAACAGCAGAUCCCUUAUCUGUGGGGCAAACAUUGUUAGAGGCCCUGGAUGACAUUCAUUACUUGAAAACACCUAAGAGGAAGCACAUAGAGAUUCUGGGAGAUAUCCUAAUAGCUUCAAGGCAUAUGAAGAAGAUAGAGCCUGAUCCUUGAACUUUAGAGUUGUUGGCUAACUUGCUGUGCUUGUAAAUGUUUAACAACUGGCAGAGGGGGUGAGUGGUGGGAAGGGGACUGAUGUGUAUUGUUAGGUGUGAAUGCUCCUGCCAUAACUACCAACGUUAAGCCAAGCGACUCUCACAAUGCUUGAAAAUUUAACAGCCAGCUCUUACAGGCGAAGCGUGUGUGAGCCAGAUCCAGCACACUGCUGCUUGUUGAGGAGGACUGGGAGAAGGGAGCUAUAAAGCUGUGAGGCAGGGCUUUCUGGAUGGGAGGUAAAUGCAGUUCGCUUUCCUCAUGGAGCCGCGUGUAUACAGUUCUCCUCAAGGCAAUUAGGCCUCUGAGCAGGCCACUUUGAGAGCCCCUGGCUCUCAUCUUAGAACAGGGCCUUAACCACGUGCAAGGCAGCCUUGGCAGAUACAUAUGCUGGAAAGCUGAGAUUUAAGAUUCCCACAAUAGCCAUAACUCAAUUUCCUGUACUUGGCAUCAUGUUUUUUCCACAACAGCCUGUAGUUUUGCACUGCUUCUCUGUAAUCCUGAGUGAUGGUUGCUGUGGGAACUCUUACUGAGUGUGAGCAUGUGACACAAACUUUGGCUUCCUGACCCUUUGUUUGACCCUGCCUUCCUUGUUGCCUUUGUUUAAAUUCUGGCAUUUCAUUUGACCUGUUUGGCAGGAAACAAAGUUUGAUAUGAGAUGUUUGUUCACUGGAUUCAGUAAAGCAGGAAAGACAGAGUCUGAGGCAGAGGGAUUUUCCGACGGCAGCUUUGUCAGCCUUAUGUUAUGUAGGACAUCGUGAGAAGGUUCACAUAAGAGCCAACUCAUUAUGUGCUAUCAGGAUGGCCUCUGUCUUGGACCAGAAGGUAAAUUGCACCCCUAGAGAGAUUGGGUAAAGUGUCUUGAACUUUAAAGGGACACAAAUAGAUAAAAGGAAAGGAACAACUAGUAGUUUUUGAGCUAGGCAUUUUUACAUGGGUUAUUUAUCUAAUUCUUACAUCAACUGUUUGGCACAGGUGCAAUACUAUAGCUGAGAAUGCCAAAGAGACUAAGUAAUGUGUCUAAGGUCACAAAGCUAUUAGUGGUAGAGCCAUAAUGCCAACCUAAGUCUUCCUGACAACAAAGUCUGAGAUUUUUCCAUUUCUUCAGCCUGAGGCAUAUGUGACAACCUGAGCUUGUCAGGUAUUCUGAAGGAAGAGGCAAGCCAGGGAUAGGGAGGUGGAGGGGAAAGCAGGCAGAGUAAAGAGAACUGGGCUCAUUCCUGGAGGUGGGGGAAGGUCCUGGUUUGGGGAGGACCCAUUUAGUUGGGGAAAUAAUCUGCUAUACAGGGGCCUGCAGGGUUUGCCUGCCAUUUAAGCAGACAUGCCCAAGUAUAGGUUCCUGACACAGUAUGAUAACUUUAUAAAUGAGGGAAGAGUCUCUUUAUUCCAUCUAAGCAUGUCAGGAAAGUCACCAUGAAAAGUGAAGCUUUUCCACACACAGUGGAACAUGAUGGAUUAUAAAAAGAGCUUUUUAUUUACUUAUUUUAGUAGAUAAUAUAUGUAUGUGAGUCAAAAUCUAAAAGCACACUGAAUUUUAAUUGUUUUUAAAGUAGUAGUUCCAUUAAAAAAAAAAAAAAGGCAAAAUGAAAACUCUCAAAACUAAUGUCCCACAGCCAAGCAAGAUGAAUACAGAUGUCACUGGUGAGGAGCUCUGCUUAUUAUUCAUCUCUGUGAUUGUCAGGAUUUUCUCCAAUUAUGAAUUUUGAAAUGCCUACCACAUAAACUUCUGGUCUUCCUCAGUCAGGCUUCGUUGCCAGGGAAGCUUCAUUGGCAGUGCAUAGGAGGAACAGUGUUGGAGCUUGUAGAAAUUCCAGUAGUUGUCACCUUUUCAAGAGUUUCCAGGUGACAGCAGCCCUUGCUUUCUUGGUUUAACCUUAGAAAGAUCAUUCACUCCAAUUGUCAGAUGAGAGUAUAAGACUUCUCUCCUCAGUUUGGUUUUUAGCAACUUCUUUCCUUCUGAAUAGAUCUUGGGAACUUUUCUUUUAUUUUCACUGCAACCUUUUCCCCAGGAGGUAGCUCAAAUUUCUAUAAGGUGUAUUUGGAGGAGCAGAGGUGAGAAGUGUUGCUAUGCAAACUUUUAUCUGUUAUAAGCUGAGUUAAUUGGAAAUGUUUUUACCAAGUACCAUAACAGCACUUUGACCUUGCACUAUUGAUACUGCUCAAAAGAGGUUGUAAUCUUAAAAACGACCUGCCCAAGCUAGAAGGGAAAUUUUGGAUAGCCCACAAAUGGGAUUUCUGUUAAUGAAUUCUGUGUGUUAGAGAGGGAUAAAUAAGUGAGGCCUAGCAGGGAGGCAGAGAUCUCAUGUCAAAUUGCUGUUGAAUUAGGAGCAGAGAUGUUAUUUUCUGUCUCCCUCCCUGCGGUUCAAUAUGUUUCUAAGGAAGGAAACCUUAGGUGGGGAGUGCAGACAUCUGCCCCAUGAUUUGAGCUGGGUGGAAGCCAUACAGAAGGAGAAGGCUGGAUGCAGUAUUUGUGUAUCAUGAAUCUCCCACCCUCAUUACCUUGGCUGCCUCUUAGUGUGACUACAUGCCUUGCUUGUGUAGGGUAAAGACAUGAGCAUGUUGGAUCUGUAAUUAGUGCAAAGAAAAGCUUCACAAGGGGUAUCUUGGGCUUCAACCAAAUAAAGUCAGGGAUAUGGGGCAACUACCCAGGGAAAUUAAAGGAAGUUACUGUAACCAUUCCUUUAACCAACUGAUAACCUCUCACUAAUCACCCACUGUGAGGUUCAUUAUCUGGUCUGUCUUGCUGAAGGGCAGAACCAGUCUGUCACAUCAAUAAAUCUCAGGGCAAUGGAGUGCCUUUUGGUAAUACGCUUUGGCUUGAAAGACAUGGGUGGACUGAGAGAACUGGGUAACUUAAAUUGGUUAUGAAAUUGAGUUUGGUCCUGAAGUAUAUGAGAUGAAAAUAAAAAGGAAAAAAAUUUGUAUGCAUUAUUAUAUACAGGGUAUCUGUAUACAGGAAACAGUUACCUUUUAAAAGGCAUAAUUCUUUUAGAGAUUUGUGUUCACCAUUUGGGUUCUUGUUUCCAUACAGUUGUAUUGGACGAUUAUGCCCUGGAGAGAUAUUCAGCUUCUCUUGGAUAGAAAGGCACUGUAAGCACCCCAUAGAUGCUCACUAGAUAGGGUCUGUGAUUUUAGUAGCAGGUUGCUAUUUGUUCUGGUUCCUGUGCUAUUGGUGUGUUUUCUUUUUUUUCAACCACUUUGAGCUACAGUGUUCUGAAAAAGAACCAAUUUUUAUUUUCCAAGGAAGCACUCAGAAUCUGCUUUGGUCUAAGAAUUCUCUGCUUCAGGGUGUCCUUGAUUAAUGUAAUAAGACAAGGCAUGGGUGUCCUAGCUUCACGUUUCCCAGAUCAUUUCUUUUCUGUGCAAAAAUACAGAUGUGUCUGCUGUGUGUCAAGCCAGGGGCUAUAAAAAUGCAGAAAUCAUACCUGCCCUAAGGACUUUUACAGUAUAAGAAUCAGGAUCACUACUUUCUUGCUUAGACCUUUGCCUGUCUUCUCCUUCUGUAGGCCUCACUCUGCUGUGUUUGGCGUGUAUACAGCAGCCCCACCUAACCCUUUAUAAACCUAAGUAGGUCAGGCAAUCUCCCUGUUCUUGUACCUUAGUGAAAUAUUGCUUCAUUAUAAAACCAUAAAUAGUCAGCUGAUAACCUUUAUUUGGAGUGAAUUUCCACUUGGAGAGCCAUGAUCAUCUCAUACCUUUCAUCCCUGCCUCAGUUUCAUAAAAAGGCAAAAACAGAACCUUCAUUAGAUGUCCUUGGUAAAGGCAGGAUCCUGUAAGUCCCAAGCUUGGCAAAUGAUUGUGUUUGUCAGAAGGUCUAGGUAAGUACACCCACUUAGUUACAAAACCUCAUGUGGCUAGCACCCAGCUGAAAAUAGUUCCAAACACUGUUGAUUGCUACCUGCAGUCCAUUUAGUUUGUUAGGGAUGAUUGCCAGCAGUGGAAGAGAGGAGCUCAGUGUGGGGAGUCCUUGGCAUUGUUAGAAUACUAAGAACUCCAAGCUUAGAGUUUUGGAUACAUCAGUCUGAAUCAUUCUUUCUCACCUCAAUAAAAAAUGGAAUAUUAAGACCAAAGAAGACAAAAGCUUACUGUCAUAGCCAUAUGUCUAUCUUUUUUUUUUGACUAGUCGUGAUUUACUGGAUUUAUUUUUUAUUUACCUUUAUUGAGGAAUAACUAACAUAUAAUGAUAUAUUUAUUUAACCACCACCACCAAAAGAUACAGAACAUUUCUGUUACCCAAAAAAGUUCCCUUUGCAGUCAGUGUUAUCCUUAAGUCUGGGCCCUGGGCAACCACUGAUGUGAUUUCUGUCACCAUAGAUUAAAUUUGUCUUUUAUAGAAUUUCACAUAAAUAAAUUCAUACAAAAUGUGCUCUUUUUUGUCUGAGAUUUGUCCAUGUUGUGACACUCCUAGAUAUUUACCUAAAAAAUGAAAAUAUGUACACAAAAAUAUUUAUAACUAAAAGCCAGAAACAACCUAAAUGUCUACCAGCAACUGAAUGAAUAAACAAAAUGUGAUAAAUCCAUACAAUGGAAUAUUAUUCAGCCAUCAAAAAGAAUGAAGUACUGAUGCUACAACAUGGAUGACUCUUCAGAACAAAUGCUAAGUAAAAGAAGCCAGUCACAAAAGACCACAUAUUUUUUAAUUCUAUUUAUUUGAAAUGUCCAGAAUAGGCAAAUCUAUAGAGACAGAAAAUAGGUAAGUGGUUACCUAGGUCUGGGGUUGGAGAGUAGAGUGGGGAGUGACUGCUAAUGGGUAUGAGGUUUUUAUGGGGGGUUGAUGAAAGUGUUCUAAACUUAGAUCAUAGUGAUAGUUGCAUUAACCAUGUGAAUAUACUACAUUAUUGAAUUGUAUACUUUAAUUAAUUUUAUGAUACGUAAGUUGUAUCUCAAUAAAGAUGUUAAAAACAAACCUACCAAACUGUUGUCAGUAGUAGUUGUACCAUUUUCCAUUCCAAUUGACAAUGAGUAAAAAUUUCAGCUACUCCGUAUUCUUAUCACACUGGGAAUUGUCUUUUUUAAUCUUAGCCAUUGUAGUGGCUGUACAGUGCUGUCAUUACACUGUAUAUGUUACAGUUUUAAAAUUACUGUUUAUUUUGUGUGAUGAUGAGUGAUAUUGAGCAGCUUUUCAUUUGCUUAUUGGCCAGUAUAUAUGUAACUUCUUGUGUAAAUUUUCCAGAUCAUUUGCCUAUUUUAAAAAUUUGAUUGUUUAUCUCUUUUGUGUGUACAUUAGUUAUGAGGUUUUGUGUAUUCUGGGUGUAAAUCCUUUGUUACUUAUAUGUAUGGUGAAUAUUUUGUUCUAGUCAGUGGCUUGCCUUUGCAUCUUCUUAAUGGUAUUUCCCAAAGUCCAGACAUUUUAUGAAGAACAAUUUUAACUUAAUUUAAUAUUCAUGAAGAUGGAUUUAUUGAUCUUUUUAAUGGUUUGUACUUUUGUGUUUUAUUUAUUAAAUUUGUGCCUAUUCCUACUUGUGAAAUUUUUCAUCCGUAUUUCCUUCUUUAAGUUUUACAGUUCUGGCUUUUACAUUUAGUUCUAUGAUCCAUUUCAAGUUAACUUUUUUGUAUGUUGUGUGGUAAGUGUAAAUGUUCAUUUACUCUUGAACCUGGUCCCCCAAAUAUCCAGUUGUUCCAUUGUCAUUGUUGAAAAGACUGUUCUUUCCCCUAUUAAGUAUCUUGGCACAUUUGUAAAAAUUCAGUUGACCGUGUAUAUGUGGUUCUAUUUCUGAAGUAUCAGAUGUUCCUUUGGUCUGUAUGUCUAAAUUUAUUCCCUACACUGUCUUGAUUAUUGUAGGUCUGCAGUAAAUCUAGAAAUCAAGUAAUGUAAUCAUUCCUCUAAUUUUGUUCUUUUUGAAAAUUGUUUUGAAUAUUCUAGAUCCUUUGCAUUUUCAUAUAAAGUAUAAAAUUAACUCAUCCAUUUCUACAAAAAAGCCUGCUAAGAUUUUGAGAGGAAUUGUUUUAACUCUAUAAAUCAACUUGGGGGAGAAUUGACACUUUAAUAAUAUUGUUUUCAAGUCCUUGAAUAUAAUAUAUCUCUCCAUUUUCUCAUCAAUGUUUUGUAGUUUGUUAGCAUACUUACUGAGUUACACCCAUUUUGUUUAGUUUAGCCCUAAAUAUUUCAUUUUUAUGUUACAUAAUUGGUAUUUUUAAUUUUGAUUUCCCAUUGUUUUUUGCUAGUGUAUAGAAAUACUGUUUUUAAAGUGCCCUUUUUUCCUGCAAGAUUGAUAAGCCCACUCACUAAUCCUUUUUUUAGAGUCUAGAAUUUUCUCUGCUCACAAUCAUACUGUUUACAAAUAAAUUGUUUUUCUUGUUUCAAAUCUGUGUGCCUUUGAUGACUUUUCUUACUGCACUGGCUAGAACCUCCACUACAGUAUUAAAGUGGUAAGACUAGAUUCCGAGAUUAAAGAUGGCGGCAUGAGACAUGAGACAGAGAACUCCUCCGAAAACCACAUAUAAUGUGAAAAUAUAGUUAAUACAACUAUAAGAGCAAUAGGAAAGGAGGCUGUGCCAGACUGCAUAUACCUGGAGAACAGAGAAGACCUCACAAAACAGGGUAAUGUACAAAAGCCUCGAUCCAGGAUGACCCAAGCCCUUCCACAACCCCAGCUCACCAAUGGGAGGAAGAGAAAUAGAGUGGGGAGGGGGUGAAAGCCUAGGACUGCUGUACACCCAGCCCUGGAGAUCUGCUUUGGGAACACAAACCUACAUUUCAUGGUGCUCUGGAGAUUAGUGGGGUUGGAAAGCUAAGACAGGCAGAAUACUUGGAGAGACUGAGAUUCCAGCCAUUUGUGGAGGACAGGGAUCCACACCUGGCUGCUCUGGGACAAAGGAAAGGUGGGUAGUCUGAGAGGCUUUCUAGCAGCGAGAGGGCUGCUGAAGGGGCAGGGAUUGCAUGGAGCUUGCUGCUCAAGAAAAGGGAUAGGUGGACAAGGUUGUCUGGGUGUGCUCUGCCCAGCAGGAUGGGAACUUUCAGGAGCUUCAGGCAUUCCAUCCCCUUGGCUGGAUACUCAGCUCCAAGGAUCCCCACUGUGAUAUGCAGCCAGUUGCGCCUUCCUCCUGGCCUGCCAGCACUGGCUCGCAAACCGGCAGUCCCUGCCCUGGUGUCAGGCCAGCCAGAGGGAGGCCCUGCCUAGGGCAGCUACAAAUGCAAAGCCCAAAGGCUUUACACCUGUGUGCUCACCCCACUGGUUCUGACAGGGGAGACAGGCACUGCAGCUGGGAAGCAGUAAACAGCUCUUUCCUCCCCCAAGGCACCAGAGCCGCUCCCCUGCGACCCCCAACAUCACUCCAGGGGCUGAGCAGCUCCAGAGAAGAGAGCUUCUGGGCACUAGAGGGUGCCACACAAAAAUAUGAAACGUCAAAGGAACUUGGUUCAAACCAAAAUCUCACAAACACUGGAAAAAGGGCCAAGUGAAACUGAACUCACCAAUAUUCCUGAAAGAGAGAUAAAAAUAAAAAUCAUAAACAUGCUCAUAGAGAUACAGAAAAAUAUUCAAGAACUCAGGGAUGAAUUUAGGACAGAGAUUCAAUCAUUAAGAAAUUGCAUAUCUGAAAUGAAACAUACAACAGAGGGAUUUAAAAGCAGA